AGCCGGCCUGAAAGGCUUGCCCCGGGCCCGGCCCGUGCCGCCCGCGGCCCAUGGUGCUGCCCACCUGCCCCAUGGCGGAGUUUGCGCUGCCGCGGCACAGUGCGGUCAUGGAGCGCCUCCGCCGGCGCAUCGAGCUGUGCCGGCGCCACCACAGUACCUGCGAGGCCCGCUACGAGGCCGUGUCGCCCGAGCGCCUGGAGCUCGAGCGCCAGCACACCUUCGCCCUGCACCAGCGCUGUAUCCAGGCCAAGGCCAAGCGCGCCGGCAAGCACCGGCAGCCGCCCGCCCCGGCCGCCGCCCCGCCGCCAGCCCCGGCCCCGCGCCUCGACGCCGCCGACGGCCCGGAGCACGGCCGCCCCGUCGCGCAUCUCCAUGACACGGUGAAGAGGAGUCUCGAUAACACUGCCUCCCCUCAGAAUGGUGACCAGCAGAAUGGCUAUGGAGACCUCUUUUCUGGGCACAAGAAGACCCGCCGGGAGGCCCCCAUGGGAGUAGGUGUCUCUUCCAACGGUCUGCCUCCAGCCUCCCCCCUCAGUCAGCCCGACGAGCCUGGCGCAGAGGCCCUGCAAGCCAGCGGGAAGCACCCCCUGGGGCUGGACUCCGUGAGCAAGAAGUGUCUGGCGGACUCAAGCCUCCACCUCAAUGGAAGCGGCAACCCCGGCGAGUCGUUCCCUCUGAGCCUGAGUAAAGAGCUGAAGCAGGAGCCCGUCGAUGACCUGCCGUGCAUGAUCGCAGGGGCCGGAGGCUCCAUGUCCCAAAGCAACCUCAUGCCUGACCUCAACCUUAACGAGCAGGAGUGGAAGGAGCUCAUUGAGGAGCUGAACAGGUCAGUGCCCGAUGAGGACAUGAAAGACCUGUUCACUGAGGACUUCGAAGAGAAGAAGGACCCAGAGUCUUCUGGCUCUGCCACACAGCCUCCCUUGGCCCAGGACAUUAAUAUUAAGACAGAAUUCUCUCCAGCAGCCUUUGAACAAGAACAGUUAGGCUCUCCCCAAGUGAGGUCCUUUAUGGGGCCUUCAUCUGGGCCUGUGAGCACAGAUUCCCCAAGCCUAGGGGGCUCUCAGCCUCUGUUCCACACUUCUGGUCAGCCCGGGGCAGACAACCCCAGUCCCAGCCUGAUGCCGGCGUCAGCGCAGGCCCAGAAUGCACAGAGGGCCAUCUCCAGCGUGGCGCUGCCCAGCCAGGGCCCGGGAGGGGCCUCAAAGCUGUCCUCCGCCCACCAGCUCCAGCAGAUCGCCGCCAAGCAGAAGCGCGACCAGAUGCUCCAGAAUUCUCAGCAGGCUGCUCAAGCACCGGCUCCAGGCCAGGUGUCCGCCUGGCAACAGACAGGCCCCUCCCACAGCCCCUUGAAUGUUCCUUAUGCCAUGGAGAAGCCUGCCAGCCCCCCUGGCUACAAACAAGACUUCACCAACUCCAAACUACUCAUGAUGCCCAGUGUGAAUAAGAGCACCCCUCAUCCCGGAGGCCCCUACCUCCAGCCCAGCCAUGUAAACCUGCUGAGUCACCAGCCGCCAAGUAACUUGAGCCAGAGCACCGUGACUAGCCAAGGGUCUGUGCUGGACUAUGGCAAUACCAAGCCCCUUUCUCAUUACAAAGCUGACUGUGGGCAAGGUGGCCCUGGGGCGGGCCAGAGCAAGACGGCCCUGAUGACAUAUCUCCCCCAGCAGCUGCCUCAUCUGGGCAACGAGCAGAACUCCUUGUUUCUGAUGAAACCAAAGCCAGGAAAUAUGCCCUUCCCUUCUCUGGUUCCUAACCAGGAACAGAACCCUUCCAACGUCCCUGUGCCAGCCCAGGCCUCCAGCGUGGGGACCCAGCCGCCCACCGCGUCUGUGGCCAGCACUCCCAGCGGCGCCCCCUAUCUCGGCAGCCAGCAGCAGGCAGCUGUCAUGAAGCAGCAUCAGUUGCUUUUGGAUCAGCAGAAACAGAGGGAGCAGCAGCAAAAGCACUUGCAGCAACAGCAGUUCUUGCAAAGGCAGCAGCACCUUCUGGCAGAGCAGGAGAAGCAGCAGUUUCAGCGCCAUCUGACCCGCCCACCACCCCAGUACCAAGACCCGACUCAGAGCACCUUCCCACAGCAAGUCGGCCAGUUCACAGGGUCUUCCGCUGCAGUGCCAGGCAUGAGCAGCCUGGGCCCGUCCAGCUCCAGCUGUCCCCGAGGGUUCCCUCCGGCCGGGACUCUGAUGCCGAUGGGCCCGGGACACGCUUCCGUGUCCUCUCUCUCCUCCAACUCAGGCCAGCAGGACCGCGCUGUGGUCCAGUUCCCAGGCUCCCAGGGCAGCCUCUACGGCAUGGCCUCCAGCAUCGCCCAGAUGGCCGCCCCGCCCCCAUCACAGGCCACCAACGGGCACGCCCACACUCCUCGGCAGACCGGCAUGGGCCAGAACCCCGCGGUCUCAGCAGCCUAUGGGCAGAACUCUCUGGGGAACUCUGGCCUCUCCCAACAGCACAAUAAGGGGACCCUGAACUCUGGUUUAACUAAGCCACAGGUCCCGAGGGUGCCAGCGGCCAUGGGAGGCCAGAAUCCCUCCUGGCAACAUCAGGGAAUGCCCAACCUGAGUGGCCAGGCCCCAGGGGGCACGGCCGUCAGCCCCUUCACUGCAGCCCCCAGUUUCCACGUGCAGCAGGCCCACCUGAAGAUGUCCGGCCCGCGGUUCCCCCAGGCAGCGCCCAGCAGGCCCAUGGCCCCCGUGAGCUCGGCGGCCUCGGUGGGGCCCAUGUUGCCUCCUGUGAGUGCGCAGCAGAGGACCGGCGCCACCGCCCCGGCACCUCCCCAGGGAGCCCCGCAGCAGGGCUUGCCGGGCCUGAGCCCUGGCGGGCCUGAGCUGGGGGCCUUCAGCCAGAGCCCCGCCCCGCCCAUGGGCGGCCGGGCAGGGCUGCACUGCGCGCAAGCCUACCCUGUGCGGACCUCAGGCCCGGAGCUGCCCUUUGCCUACAGCGGGCAGCCAGGCAGCAGCGGGCUGGCCAGCAUGGCUGGGGACGCCGACCUGAUCGACUCCUUGCUGAAGAACAGGACUUCGGAGGAGUGGAUGAACGAUUUGGAUGACCUUUUGGGGCCUCAAUAAUGGCAGGAUUUGUGGUGUUUUCAGUGUUCCUACAUCCUGUAUUUUUGUUCUCAUAUUCAACAAUGAGAAACUGUUUGGACCAAAAGCCCACGGCCCAGGUCCUGGGUGGGCAGAGCAGAGCCCGGGGCUGAGGUCCCACCUGGCUGGGGCCUGCGGAGCCUCUGCUCCAGCCCAGCGGUGUGGUCUGUUAGGCUGGCCCCAGACCAUCUGCCGGCAUCAUCGCGUGCUGUGGGGACAGCGGGCAGGGUUUCACAAGUGGUUUUCUGUCCAAAUGACCAAAAGCCAACAGGUGAAACAGUGCAGCCCCACAGUGUCCGGCUGGUGAGCGCCUGUGCCAUCGUGUUGGCUUAACCCAGGAUUUCUCCACAUGCCCCACUUCAGGGAGCGGUUCUUGUUGGAACUUUAUAUAGCAGAACUAUUUGCAAUCUGUAGUGUAGAAAAGAUUAAGUUUUAAAAAGGUUUUAAAGCAGGAUAGGUGGUGGUUUAAGUUGAUUAAGUGGCAUUGGGAACCUAGGGCUUCCUUGAAGGGCCUUUUGUAUUUGGGCUCUGUCAGCUUUCAGGAGAAAGGGAGGUCACUGGAAAAGCCUUUCCGUCAGUGCAGCUGGUGGCGGCUGCGCAGUGGGAAAGGCACAGGGUGCCAUGAAGGCGGCAGAGCUGGUGACAGGCGUGGUCUGGCCAGCAGCCUUCCCUCCAGGAUGCUGUCCUUCCCGGCGGGCACUUGCGAGGAUGCUGGCGGAGGAGCCCCUCCGCCCAGGCGCAGGUAGCAGGCCCCAGGCCGCCCCCAGGCUAAAUGCGGAAAUGGAGCAUUUGGGGUUCCUGGGUCCCCUUUGGCUGUGAGUCCCCGCCCUCUGCAGUGAGCUGUGCUGACAGUGCGGGUGUGAUGGGCUCGAAGGGGCGCACCGGCCAGGUGUGCACAAAGGUCUUUCCUUCGCCCCGUCUUUUCCGAUGACCUUUUUUCUGCCUCCCCUUUUUUACUCUGCAGCCCGACUGGAAAACCUCUUUGGGGCAAUGAUUUACUAAGUGGGCGGGGGAAAGAAUGACUCAUUACAACUCCCUAGGGAGACCUCGCAUCGUAGGGAGGAGGAGCCGGCGCCCUGUUUGGCAGGGCGUGCCCGUAGCACGCCCGGCCAGACGGAGGGUUCGGCUUUGUUUUUACUCUUGCCACUCCCACGUCAAAUGACUUGCACUUUUUAAAGAGAAUUGCUUUAUAACACUAAUACAUCCUUUUUAAAGAUCCAGGUGGAUUUCUCUUUUUAAGGUCUAUGAAUUAAUGGACUUAACUAAGCUGAGAGUCCACAGAACGUAAGUAUUACCUGGGGGCCGUCUGUGGAGGAGGAAGAUGGCACGAGCGCUCCGUGUGAAGGAAGCGGGACGGCGAGCACAGCGCGAGCCCCUUGCCCACUCAGUGGGAAGAAAAGGGUCCCCGAUGCGCGUGGUCUCAAGAGAGACCACCAUGGUCUACUCAAGGAGUGUCCUGUGGAAAGGGCUGAGCCGAGGAGACGGGCCCCACGGGCAGCCGGAGUGGCUUGGGCGCAGGGACGGGGGGCUGGACACGCGUCGGUGACGCUCUGCACCUACAGUGCCUUGGUGAGGGCCCAGCCCUCGCCCCUCUUCUCUCAGAGCCAUUCCCCCAGCCCUCCUUCCCUGCCUGUCCGGAUGCUGGGUUUAGCUCUCGAGGAAGGGAGUGAAUCCUGGAGCCAGUGAAGCCACCGCCCUCUUGAGCGAGCUCCCCAGUGUGGAGGGGAGGAGGGUGACUUCAGCAGGUUUCUACCAAAAAAGGCGGGCUGACCGCUAGUGACGGGCCCUUGUCCCUCUCUGGUCUCUCUCUGGCGGUUGCUCACCUCUGUCCCCAGGGCACCCUGCCUCCCUCUUGGGGAGGCUGCCCCCGCCUUAGUCCCCCUUAGUCCUGGGCCACCUAGACAGACAGACGGGCUUUUCGCCUGCUGUCGUGUCAGAGCAAUAAAAUGUGAUGCUUGGGGUCCCCCCAGGGAGCUGCCCGUGGCUUUAUGUAUGACCCGGGUGAUGGGGUGGUCAGAGGAAGGAACGCCACUUCAGCGCGACCCCCAUCUGCCGGGAGCCAUGACUCAAAAGGGUGCUGGGACUUUUGUUACACACAUUUGCUUUGUGUAAAUAAAUGUUUACAAUUUUAUAUUAAAGAUGGAGUAAGCGUUAGAGCUCCUGACUGUAUAUUUUUUACUUUUAUAGAUUUUAAAACUAUGAUCCUUUAUAUAUGUUUGGUGGAGCUAUGAUAAGUUUUAUGGCAAACAGUUGGUAUUGUUAACUUUUUAUUGUCAUCAAAGUACAUAAAAAUCCUAUUAAUCCCCUUAUUCUUCUACUUCCCUUAACUCUGGUAUACACCAAAAAGAACCCCUGACUUCCCUGUUUUAUCAUUAUGAAAUAAAAGUAUUUUGC